GUUUUCCCCGCCGAGGCACGUGAGCGAGUCACGUCACCGCAGGCGACAUCAUGGCGGCGGCAGGGACGGCGACGGGGAAGAUUGUAUACGAACAAGAUGGUGUGUUCAUUCAUUCAUACUCCGACAGAAAUGGUGAACAAGAUACACUUUCUGGGGUUCUGAGAUUAAUUGAUAAGGGUUCAGGAGUUGUAGUGGAUUGGACACCAGUGGAUGACUCCCUGGAUUCAUCAAAUAUAUUUUUUGCAGGAAAGGAUUCCAGUUCAGUUGUUGAAUGGACUCAACCCUCUAAGGAAAAAACUUCCAGAAAUAUGAUACAUCAAAUUAGUUGUGAAGCUGAAUGGGAUAUGCUUAAUACAGUUUCCUUCAAAAAGAAGCCCUUUGUGAAUGGUGAUGAUGAUUCAGUGUAUACCAUGAGUAAAAGAAGCAAAUGGGCAUUCUCCUUCAACCUGACUGAUCUGCAGUCCAUCAAAAUGAAUACAGAAGGCAUGGGUUGGUCAUACAUGGUAUUUUGUCUUGGGGAUACUUGUCUACCAGCUCUGCAUUUUCAUCACGGCGGCAGCAGAGAUUUAUUUCAGUGCCUUAAGAGAUAUAUUCUUCUUAGUGAAUCUUCCCAAGAUAACCAAGUAUACUUUGUUGUAUACAAUACCAAAGCACUUUCUCAGUCUUUUGAGAACCUGUUUGAAGAAAAUACAGUUGGUUUAGUACAUAAAUUUAAGAAAGAUCCAUAUAUGACAACACUUGGAGGCUUUUCCAAAGUUACAAACUACAUUCUUGAUGCUUUUCGUGGUUCUGAAGUAGCACCCCAACAAAGACCUGCUUCUGAAAUGGAUCUCAGCGACUCUAUUUCGUGUCUAGAAAUUAACCAUCAAGAAGAACCAGGAUUUGAAGUAAUCACACGUAUUGACCUCGGAACAAGGCCUGAAAUUCAAAGAGGAGAACCAGUUUCUGCUGAUGUGUGGUCUCAGAACAUGGAUACUGAUGACAAAAUCCUGGAUCCAGACAAGCUAAAAGAAAUAAUAUUCAAAGGGGGACUUUGUCAUUCAGUUAGAAAAGUGGCAUGGAAGUUUCUUCUGAAUUAUUUUCCAUGGGAUAGCACAAAAGAAAGUAGAAGACAGCUAACCAAAAGGAAAAUAGAUGAGUACUUCAGGAUGAAGUUACAGUGGAAGUCAGUCAGCGAAGAACAAGAAAAAAGGAAUUCAAGAUUGAAAGACUACAGAAGCCUUAUAGAAAAAGACGUCAACAGAACAGAUAGAACAAAUCCUUUUUAUGAAGGACAAGAAAAUCCUGGAUUGAUUCUACUGCAUGAUAUCUUAAUGACCUACUGCAUGUAUGAUUUUGAUCUUGGCUAUGUCCAAGGAAUGAGUGAUCUGCUUUCCCCCAUCUUAUACGUGAUGGAAAAUGAAGUGGAUGCCUUUUGGUGCUUUGUUGCCUUCAUAGAACAAAUGCAUUGUAACUUUGAAGAGCAAAUGCAAGGCAUGAAAACAGAAUUAUCUCAGCUGAGUACAUUACUUAAAUUGCUUGAUCUUGGGUUCUGGAAUUAUCUUGAAUCUCAAGAAUCUGGAUAUCUCUACUUCUGCUUCAGGUGGCUUCUGAUUCGGUUCAAAAGGGAAUUCAGCUUUCAAGAUGCUCUUAGACUUUGGGAGGUUAUGUGGACUGGGUUGCCUUGCCAGAAUUUUCAUCUUCUGAUAUGCUGUGCCAUACUAGACACUGAGAAACAGAAGAUUAUGGAAAAUCAUUAUGGCUUUAAUGAAAUUUUAAAGCACAUCAAUGAACUGUCCUUGAAAUUGGAUGUAGACGACGUGCUUUGUAAAGCAGAGGCAAUUUACUACCAAAUGAAAAAUUGCAAGGACUUGCCACAGGCAGUUGCUGAGAUUCUCGGCCUCAAGGAUGGUAUGACUGUAACGCCAGAUUUGGAAGCCGGUGUACCAGAAACAAGAGUUAGCAAAACUCACUGGAAGACAAACCAUUCAGAUGCAACAGCAACCUCUUUUACAGAGACAAUUGAAGAUUUAACAGAGUUUAGAGACACUGCUCAGAAUGGGCACAAAGUGACAGUCGUAGAGUGAAAUUGAAUGCUGCGACCUCAGUACCUGGAAAAAACUCCACAAUUUGUUUACUCAUUGCUAAAGUCCUUGUACAUGAUAUAUCAGUGUUUGAAUUGAUCAGGGGGUUUCGUUCUGCUGUGUAGGAAAGAAUGAUAGGACAGGAAAUGGAAUUUUUGCAAUUUCAAAUACUUAAAAAUGAAUGUAGAAGAAAUUUAUGUUUUACUAAUUACUUAAACCAUAAUGGCCUUCAUUGGGUAAUGCAUUUUUCAGACUUCACGUCAGGCACUUGCAUGAAUGUUGGAAAACAACACUUUUGUUUUGUAUUGAUAUAAGAACUAUUUUGUUACUUCAUGGAGGUUUCUCCAGUUAGUGUCUUGCUUCAUUUAAAAAAAAGUUUUCCUUUUCUACUGCAACAGAUGCAAAUUCACAAUUAAUUGGGUUUAAAAUAUGCAGAACAAAAUUAAAUUAAGUCUUAAUUGGCUUAUUCAGUUCAUGGUUUAUUAAUUCCAUCUAAAACAGGGCAUCCUAUAACUUAUAUUUUCAUGUGACCAGUUUUGGAGGAAAAUUAGAAUUUUGCAAUGUAAACGUAUUGGUUGGAUGACAAUAUGCAGCUUUCUUCUUUGGAAAAGCUCUGCAACUUAUAAUUGUUCUAAGAAGUAAAAAUGUUCUGAGCUACCCUCUGUAUUUUUGAUCAGCUGUCCUUAUUGUUCUAAUAUGAUUGAUCAGAAUGGUUUAUAAACUGAUCUGUGAAUACAGCAAAUGAUUCUGAUAUAAUUAAUCUACAGUGAUUUAGGAAAGUCCUAACAGGUUUUUGUGACUGCAGUGCUAUAUACUAUGUCAGUUAACAACCAUAUGUAUUAUACUAUUAAUUAUGAUGCCAGAAAAUUAUUAAUUCACCACUUUGAGGUUUACUGACAGCAUUACCUUUCAAGACCCCAAUUAGGUUUCUUAUGUUAUGAUUAUCAUAUCUGCCAAAAAAAGCUUGCUCAAAUUAUGAUCAACAAAAUCCUUAGUAAAUUAACUAUCCCACUUCAAAUUUUUAAAAAAUCAAAACUUUUCUUCAGCCAAGAAUAUUUCUUAAGAAACUUAAUUUUUAAGCUGUUGCUUUGCUGGUCCAUACUUUAUGUAUGGUAUAAUAAAGCACAUUGAUAAAUAUGUACCUUGAUCUACCUUAUGAUUUUUCUAUCUGUUAAGAAUGUACAGUGGCAAAAUUUCUAACAUUGUAUAAACCUGAAAUUUUGUAUUCUGAAUAUAUGUACAAUAAAUGUAAUAUAUAGCUUU